CACGUUAAUGCAGCUUCCGCCUCCGCUGACAGGACCGAAAACAAGAAAGGCUUCUUGCUGCAGCACAUUCAGGCGUUGUGCGUCACCCUUGACGAAACAAUGUCGGGAUUCAUUUGAGGACGCUGUCCUUUUAGUGCCAUCGUUGAUCCGGGUUGUGGUGUCAGGGAAGUUGAGUGAUGCAUUCACUGUCUCAGGAGAUCCAGGGUUUCUCCCUGACACGCCUGAGGAAACAGGUCACACACGUGACCACAGUGACCGGCAGGAGGCUGCUGGAGAGAAGGAACGCUGAAGGAGAUGAGCAGGUAGAACAGGUGGAGGAGCUGGAUCAGGGAGCUGGCUAUGGAUUUGUUGAAGAUAAAAGUUUGGACCUUCAAGUUGGGGUUGUCCGACCCUUCCUGCUACUGGCCUCUCAAGAUGCAGCCCACGACAUUGAGACCCUGUGCAAAUUUAAGGUGUCCCACGUGCUGAACGUGGCCUAUGGGGUCUCAAACCUGUUCCCCCAUCAGAUGGUUUACAAGACACUUCAGAUCCUGGACCUCCCAGACACAGACAUCACAUCCUACAUGGAGGAAUGCAGCACCUUUAUAGAUCAGGCCAAAGAGCAGGGCGGAGUGGUGCUGGUCCACUGUAACGCCGGCGUGUCACGCUCCUCUUCUAUUGUGAUUGGCUACCUGAUGUUAAGAGAAGGACUUUCAUUUGAUGAUGCAUUCAGCCAAGUCAAGCAGGCGAGGCCAUCGAGUUGCCCAAAUCCCGGUUUCUACCAGCAGUUACAGAACUAUGAGUGUAAACGACCACAAAACCCUUUCUGAGCUUCAUGGACCAGUGUUGCUAGAUCGUCACAGUUUUCCAGCCUAAAGGUCAUCGAAAAACUCAUUGA